AGAAGAAACUGACUUUAUUAAAGUCAGAAUUGUUUAAAAAUGCCUGUCUGUGUCCGCAGGGGAUAAAGGUCAACAGACUGUGGCCCCGGGGCCUCACGUGUUCGUCCUUCCUGCAGCCGGAGUCCGCGAACAACGCGACCCAGCGCGAACACCCGGAGCGAAGCGAAGCAGCGAAGCCGGCAGGAACAGCUUCAAACCGGUUUGUGUGCCUCGAAAGCCUCCGCUGCUGCUGCUGCUGCUUCCUGUAGCGGUUCACUCAUUCACACGAGCAGCAGGAUGGCGGAGCUGGAGACGGUCCUGCCGUGAAAACACCGGGGAGAGGAGGCGAAGAUGGACGGAGUUUGAGAUUUGUUCGGCGGCGGCAGCAGGGAGGAGGGAGCGCGGCGCACCGAGCUACCUGAGGGAGCCCGCAGAGUGUGGGGCUUGUUUCCUCAUCCCACCAUGUCCCCACCGGCGACCCGGCCCCUGGCCCUGGACGGCGGGUGGGGCUGGGCAGUCGUAGCGUCGGGUUUCCUGGCUCUGCUGCUGGGGUAUGGCUCUCCUCAGUCGGUGGGGAUCCUCUACCCAGAGUGGCUGCUCGCCUUCGGGGAAGGGAAGGCCACGACGGCCUGGGUGGGCUCGCUGGUGGCCGGAGUCGGACUCGUUGUGGGUCCUGUCUGCAGUGUCUGUGUGGUGAACUUCGGCGCUCGGCCCGUCACCGUCUUCAGCGGGGUGAUGGUGGCCGGGGGUUUGAUGCUCAGCUCCUUUGCUCCCAACGUCCCCUUCCUAAUCUUCUCCUACGGCAUCGUGGUCGGUGUCGGAGUCGGUCUGCUGUACGCUGCCACCAUCACCAUCACCUGUCUGUACUUUGACAAGAGGAGAGGUCUGGCUCUGGGAAUCAUUAACACAGGUACGAGUGUGGGCGGUUUCCUGUACGCCAUGCUGCAGAGUGAGCUCAUCGAGCUGUUGGGUCUGGACGGCUGCCUGCUCGUCAUCGGCGCGUUGGCGCUGAACGUGGUGGCGUGUGCUGGCCCCAUGCGACCUUUAACCCCACCCAGAUACUACCUCAAACAGCGAGCCGCCGUCUUAGAACAGCAGCGGCUUCAGGAGGAAGAGCUGUCCAAUCAGAAGCCUUUAGCCAAAGAUCCGGUUAUUGCCAUGGAAACCAAGGAGCCGCUGGUCAGGAGGAGGAGGUUAUUCAGCUGUUCGGCCUUCGUCAAGAUGAUUAAGAUCAAGAUGAGACAGUAUGUCCGGUGUUUGUCAUCCAUGUUGUCUCUCCUUCAGGACAGAGUCCUCGUGGCUUUGUGCAUCUCUCUCUUCUUCUACAGUCUCGGUAACUCCCCUCCCCAGCUCUUCCUGGAGGACCUGGCCCGGAGCUCCGGGCUGACCGAGGGCAUCGCCUCCAUCUCCCUUGUCUCCCUCAGCUCCAUCGGAGGCGGCGUGGGUAAACUGGGUCUGGGCAUCAUGGCCGACGUGCCACAGGUCAACAGUGUUCUCCUGUACGCUCUGACGGUUGGAGUGAGCGGGCUGGCAGUGCUGCUCAUCCCCCUCACCAGCUCGUACCUGGACCUCCAGGUGUUGUCGGUAGUCCUGGGCUUCCUGGGCGGGAACUGGACUCUGACUCCGUACGUCACCAGCCAGGUGGUUGGCGCAGAAAAACUCGCCGAGGCGCACGGGAUACUCCUGUUCUUCGGAGGUGCCGGCUUGAUGCUGGGUCCCCCUGUCGUAGGUUGUUUCUACGACUUCUGUCAAUCGUACGACGUUGCCUUCUUCAUCAGCGGGGGUGGCAUGAUGCUCAGCAGCGUCGUCCUCAUCCUUACUGCCAUUCUACCGCGACCGCAGACCCCUCCCCCUGCUGCUUCAGGCGCCGAAGGGGCCGAGCUCAUCAGCUGUACAGUUACCACGGUUUUUCUCCUGGCUAAUCCAGCACCCCGUUUACGUGUCUUAAAAAAGGCGGUUGCUAACGAGUGUCUAAAUGAGACUACAGAGGUUGUCAGGGACGUUAACAUGAAAACCCAUCUACUCACCAGUCCACCUUUACAGCCUCGUUGUGUUUCUACUCACGCUCUUUCAAACUCUCACUAACUUUCUAAGAAGAAAGGCUGUUUUGUAAUCAGUAUUUUAAACACACUUCAGAUGUGUUUUACAGUAAAUGAGAAUGUCAAGUUUCACAAUUUCCUGCAGCGCUCGAUUGAACAUGGAGGACUAAAACAACUCUUGUUGACAGGCUAAUAAUCAUAAAUAAUAUUAAAUGAUAAUAAUAAUAAUCCUUUGUUUUACAGUCUCAGUGUGAGCUGACUGACAAUCAGGACUGAGGUCAGACGAACUCAGAAGAACUAAUAUUCAAAUAUUAAACUAUGAAAAUGUUGUUUGAUGGUGCAGAAAAAAGAACACAAUAACAGAAAAGAGUUUGGAAAAACUUGAUUUAAAGUUAAAAAUGUUCACGUGUUUAAUUCACCUUGAUCCACCAGAUGAUUUAAAACAACAUGUAGACAGUUAUUGAACCUGAAUGCAGCACGUCUCAGUUUCUGAUUUAUAUUCAGUUUGUCUUUUGAUCCUCGUUUUUGAUAUUUGUUGUAUUUUGAGGAGAUGUUUUUUUAUUGGACUUGUUUUUUAUUAUUUCUGUGUGUUUUAUCCCCGUUCUUAUCGUUCUGCCUUAUUUUUGUUCAUGUUGAUGUUUUUUGAAGACGAUAUCAUAUCAAUGUUCAAUGUUCAUGUCAAAGAGAAAAAGAUGGGAGUGCACUUUAAUCCAAACAUGAUGCAUCCUUCAGUUUGUUUACAGGGUGAAAAGAUAUUUUUAGAAGAGUUCCAUCGACUGAAAAUGGACAAACUUUCAUAAAUAAAGUAAAACUGGAAAGAAAGAAAGUUGUGAUAUCUCAGAGGUAAUUUUUUCAAAUUGGUUAGAGUCAAAGUCAAACGUCAACAAACCUUUCACUUGAAGAAACAACAGAACUCCUUUUAGGGUUUUAUUAGUUUAUAGAAGUUGAACAGUUCAAAAUUAACAGGAAACAUGAGAGAGAUGUGUGAACAGAGGGUUACACAAGUGAUCAAUGAGUCAGUCAGGUCCCAAGUUAGUUUACCAGGUCAUUGAUGAAUUGAUCAGAUCC